AUGAAAAAUCUACACGAGUUUCUUUCUUUCUCUUUUUUUUUUUGUAAUAAACUGUUAUGGCUUCUUUUUGUUUCUUUGGUUUCUUUUAGCUUCUUUCUGCUUCUUUGGUUUCUUUUGGCUUCUUUUUUUCUUUGGUUUCUUUUAGCUUUUUUUUUGUUUCUUUGGUUUCUUUUAGCUUCUUUGGUUUCUUUUAGUUUUGUUUCUUUGGUUUCUUUUAGCUUCUUUCUGCUUCUUUGUUUUUCUUUCUUUCUGCUUCUUUUUUGGUUUCUUUUUUCUUUCUUCUUCUUUCUGCUUCUUUUGUUUUCUUUGGCUUCUUUCUGCUUCUUUUUGUUUCUUUUAGCUUCUUUCUGCUUCUUUUUUUCUUUUAGCUUCUUUCUGCUUCUUUUGUUUCUUUUAGUUUCUUUUCUUCUUUUCUUUUUGUUUCUUUUAAGCUUCUUUUUUGUUUCUUUUUGUUUCUUUUGCUUCUUUUUCUUUGGUUUCUUUUUGCUUUUAGCUUUUUCUGUUUCUUUUUUCUUUCUUUUCUUUUUUGUUUCUUUUAGCUUCUUUUGCUUCUUUUUUUUUCUUUGCUUCUUUCUGCUUCUUUUUUUUUCUUUUAGCUUCUUUCUGCUUCUUUUGGUUUCUUUUUUGCUUCUUUCUUUCUUUGGUUUCUUUUUAGCUUUUUCUCUUCUUUCUGCUUCUUUGGUUUCUUUUAGCUUCUUUCUGCUUCUUUUUGUUUCUUUUAGCUUCUUUCUGCUUCUUUUUGUUUCUUUUAGCUUCUUUCUGCUUCUUUUUGUUUCUUUUAGCUUCUUUCUGCUUCUUUUUGUUUCUUUUAGCUUCUUUCUGCUUCUUUUUGUUUCUUUUAGCUUCUUUUUGUUUCUUUUGUUUCUUUUAAAACUUCUUUCUGCUUCUUUUUGUUUCUUUUUUUUAGCUUCUUUCUGCUUCUUUUUUCUUUUAGCUUCUUUUGUUUCUUUUUCUUUUGCUUCUUUCUGCUUCUUUUGGUUUCUUUUUAGCUUCUUUUGCUUCUUUUGGUUUCUUUUAGCUUUCUGCUUCUUUUGGUUUCUUUUAGCUUCUUUCUGCUUCUUUGGUUUCUUUUUGAAACUGCUUCUUUGGUUUCUUUUAGCUUCUUUCUGCUUCUUUGGUUCUUUUAGCUUCUUUCUGCUUCUUUGGUUUCUUUUAAGCUUCUUUUGCUUCUUUGGUUUCUUUUUUUCUUUUUGCUCUUUUAAUUCUUUUUUUUUUUUGGUUUCUUUUAGCUUCUUUUUGUUUCUUUUAGUUUCUUUUAGCUUCUUUUUGUUUCUUUUAGCUUCUUUUUGCUUCUUACUACUUUAG